AUGGCCGACGAUCAGGUUCACGAGACCGUCCCCGACGAGACGACCGAUGCGGGCGCCGACGUCGAGAUGACCGAGACAACUGAACUCGCGAAGGGUGCGGAGGGUGGCGAGGGCGGCGACACUGCCGAGGAUGCCAACGGUGCCGAGAAAACAGACGCCGACACGGAAACCGUCGAGCCUCGCAUCUCCUUUGCCACGUACCUGAAGAGUCCAGUUGUCACCCUGAUUGUUGGGCCAGUUGAUGGAGAGAAGGCGGUUCUUACGGCGCAUCAAGCGCUGUUGAACCAGAGCCCCUACUUCCGCGACAUCUUCGAUGCCUGGGUCGAGGAUGGCAGUCCACGCGAGGUUGAGCUCACAGACUUUGACGUUGGCGCUGUCGGCUGUUUCCUCGAGUACCUCUACACCGGCGAAUACUUCCCCAAGAAGCUCCCCGGCCAGCGAGUUCUCGAAUCCGACCCCACGGUCCCCUCGGUCGACGGCAGCGGCGACCAGCUGCUGAAACACGCGCGAGUUUACACCUUGGCUGAGAAGUUUGGCGUGCCCGGACUCAAGACGCUCGCCAGCUCUAAGAUUCACUGCGUCAACUCGACCGUAAAGGGCGAGAUUGCCUACGCCCGCUACGUGUAUGCCUACACCAGCGACGACGAUACCGUUAUCCGCGCUCCCGUCGCAAGCUUCUGGGCGACACGAUCACACACUCUGCGGGCCGAGGCAGAGUCGGAGUUCAAGUCGCUAUGCUUGGAGCACCCUCAAUUCGGAUACGAUGUUCUCACUCGUGUCUUGGACGACAAGCUCAAGCGAGAACGCACUGAUAAGAUGCACCCCGCGUCAAGCAGCCACCGCAAGCGUGCUCGUCAUAGCAGCGGGGCUCGCGAGGUUUAA